AUGUCUACAGAACCAAUUAAUCCUCUAAAGAGAGGACCUGAUGCUGGUACGUCAGUGGAUUCAGAGCCCAAAAAGUUGAAGCUAGAGGAUGAAUUGGAUGAUAUCUUUUCUGAACCUGGUUUCAUGGCUACUUCUGAAGACAAAAGUGUCAUAUCAAACCUUACUGCAAUCAACGAUGCUAAUAAGGUAAAUGAGGAGUUUUCAGAUUUGCCUGAGAAGAUACUUCAAAGUAACGUAUUAGGUGGAGGUGCAGAAUCAUCAAUAGCGCAACAGUUACAAACAGUCACUCAAGCUACACCUUCAACUUUGAAUUCAACAGUUCAACAACAACAACCACAACCAUCACAAAGCAUAACUCCAUCACAAUCACAAGAUCUAGCUCCUGUUACUACUCAAUCAGAAUUACAAAUACCUGCCCAAGCACCACCAAACCAAGGUCCAAAUCAGCCAAAUAAACUUCAAAAUGAUCCUGCUAGAUUAAAUGAUGCGCUUGCAGCAGCAGGUAUUAAUAUUCAACAAGAAGAAGAAUUAUUAUUACAACAACAACAAAAUAGAAAAGAAGAUAUAUCUAAAGAUUUGAAACAAAUUAUAAAGGCUUCCAAACCACCACCAUUUCUUAAUAAUUAUCAUCUUGCUGCUUUUAUUAAUAAAGUUGCCACAAACAACGGUAUCCAACAGAAUUUCCUUCAAGAGGCUGAUUUAUUAGAGUUAGUAUCUGCAGCAUGUGAAUCAUGGAUGUCAAACAUAAUUCAAAAGACAAUUAUAUUAUCUCGUCAUCGUAGACGAGGUAUACCCAAUUUAAAUGUAAAGGCUAACAAAAAAGGAUCGACUGCCAAUGCCAAUUCUAGAUCUGAAUUAUCAAAAGAAUUAAGAAAUAUAGCAGUGGGGCAAAAAGAGCUCGAAGAGAGAAGAGUCCAAAAACGUAUAAUGUUAGGUCUUGAAAAGAGUGAUCCAUCAAAUGAUGGAUUAGGUGGUGAUGGUAAGGCAGGAGCAGAAGAAACUUUACAUAGAGCUGCCAAUGCUACUGCUGCAAUGAUGUCUAACACAGGUAGAAAAAAGUAUUCAUGGAUGACAUCUGCCAAUGGAGCCGGAGCAGAAGCUGCCAAAGGUACUGAUGAAAAGAGUAAGAAAAGUUCAAUAAUAGCCAUCAGAGGAGAAAACGGUUUAAGAUUUAGAGAAAUCAGAUCAGGUAACUCAGUCACCAUGAAAGAUUUAUUAGGUGCCAUUGAAGAUGAAAGAAUGGGUACCGAUAAAGCCAUAGUGAAAGCGUAUGCUAAACUAAAGGAUUAA